UUUUCAUCGGCUGAUGACCCGGCGAGUUGCGUCUGUCAGAAUCUAUCAUUGGAGUCCUGCUUCUGCAUGUCACGAGCAGAUGUUCCUCUGUGAAAGUCACACGUUGGCCAAUCCUUUUCGUGAUCCAAGUCAUUUCGUUAAUUGAUCGAGUUAUUACACAAAUCAAUACAUUCCACUUUUUUAAUCGAACUUUAUAAAUUGAUUAAUUGACUGAGUAAUUGAUUGAAGUGAAUUGAUUACAAAUUGCCAAUUGAUGACUACGUUGGACUUUUAAAAGGAACUUUCCUUUUAUUUUUCUCAUCUUGACGAGUUUAAAAGAUUCUUUGUCAACAGAUAGAAUCGGUAGUGGAUUCGAUCACGGGAUUUAAGGCUUUGACCGUUUGACGUUUGCACAGAGGAGGAUGCUCACAUAGCGAAAAAGCGUUGAAGCCAACAAAACUUCCAGUCCUCCUCUGUCAUCGUCGUCUUCAUCACAGUCAUCUGAGAUCAACUAGAAGCGGUGGCUGACGAGCAGUUGAACUCCAGCAAAAUCAUCAUAGGUUUCCUGGGGGAUUCCUUUACUCUGAUCAGGUCAGAUUCAGUUCUGGUUCAAGUGAAGACUUCCUUGUAUCCAAUCCUAGAUCGUAGGUAACAAAAUUGGAAGCCCGGGUCGCGAAAUAACUUUUUCAAAUGGACGGGCAUGUGUUUACGAUGCAAGUCAUAUUAACUCUGACGAAUCAAAAUGCUGCUGUCAAAGCGCUAACGAAAAAGAAAAGAAGGUGCGAAGUUAAGUGCUAAUACGACUGCCUAGUUGCGGACUUGAGUUAAUGGGAUAAAAUUUAUGCUGCCUUCAAGGUUGAAAUCUCAAUUUAUGACCAAAAACAUGGAGCAUGUAUCAGAAAAAAGAUUUCCUCUCAAUGCUAAAGAUUAUGAGCUGUAUGAAGAAGUUGGCGAAGGUGUUGGCGCCACUGUGUACAGAGCUCUUUGUAUUCCACUCAACAAGAUAGUUGCAAUCAAGGUUCUUGAUCUUGAAAAGUGCAAUAAUGAUCUGGAUGGCAUUAGGAGAGAGGUACAGACAAUGACCUUGAUAAACCAUCCAAAUGUUUUAUGCUCGCACUGCUCUUUCACUAGUGGACACAAUCUUUGGGUGGUGAUGCCAUACAUGUAUGUGGGAUCCUGCCUUCAAAUAAUGAAAUCUUCCUAUCCGGAGGGCUUUGAAGAGCCUGUUAUUGCUACUUUGCUGCGAGAAGUUCUGAAAGCUCUUCUCUACCUUCAUGCCCAUGGACACAUACAUAGAGAUGUUAAGGCUGGAAAUAUUUUGAUUGAUUCUAAAGGUGCGGUCAAAUUAGCUGACUUUGGGGUGUCAGCGUGUAUGUUUGAUACUGGAGAUAGGCAACAUUCAAGAAACACUUUUGUUGGAACUCCUUGCUGGAUGGCUCCUGAAGUUAUGCAACAACUACAUGGAUAUGAUUUUAAAGCAGACAUAUGGUCAUUUGGUAUAACAGCACUUGAACUUGCUCAUGGCCACGCCCCAUUUUCCAAGUAUCCUCCAAUGAAAGUUUUACUGAUGACUUUACAAAAUGCCCCUCCUGGCCUUGAUUAUGAAAGAGACAAGAGAUUUUCAAAGUCUUUCAAAGAGAUGGUUGCCGCCUGCCUAGUGAAAGACCCAAAGAAACGUCCAAGUUCAGAAAAGCUUUUAAAACAUCACUUCUUUAAACAUGCUCGCACCAGUGAAUAUUUAUCUCAAACCAUUUUAGAUGGCCUUGCUCCAUUAGAAAAUCGUUUUAGGAUGCUGAAGGCAAAAGAAGCAGACUUAUUGAUGCAGAACGAGGCUCCUUACGAGGAUAAGGAACAAUUAUCACAGAAAGAAUAUAUACGGGGAAUUAGUGCUUGGAAUUUCAACCUUGAGGAUUUAAAAGGUCAAGCUGCUCUAAUUCAAGACGAUGACAUGCCAGAUGCAGAAGAGACAGGUAUGGAUAAAAAGCAAAAGGAAAGGUCUGAUAAUGUUGGGAUUCCGGCAGAAGGGCCUUCUUCUGGAGCAGCUAAUCAUUCAGAUACUACACCCGUACUGGGAAAGGAGGACGGGUUCCAUGAUCUUCAAGACUUGGAGAGUUCACUUGCUUCAUUUCCUAUUAAACCUCUUCAAGCUCUUAAAGGUUAUUUUGACGUUUGUGAGAACAGUGUCAACAGUGCUGCUUUGGGAGAUUCAGAUCGGCAUGAUGGAAGAAAUGAGAAUGGCAUUUCUGGGACAAGUAAUUCAUUACCACAAAAUGCUAUAGCUGAGCAUGUAAAGUUGAGUGCUUCUCUCCUUCUUGAUGGUUCUUUUUCUGCUAAAAAAAUUAUUACUCUUGGGGAAAGGGAUUAUCUGCAGCAGAAAUGUUACCACGAGGGGAAUAGUGGUCCAUUGUUGUAUAAGCAGAAAAGAGAAACCAACAACCUCUCAUCUGUUGAUGAUGCAUCAGAAGCAUUUGUCCAGCGUAAGGGGCGAUUCAAGGUCACAUCAGCAGAUCUCAGUCCCAAGGGUCCUGUGAACUGCACUUUUGGUCCUGUUUGUAGAGGUCUUUCCAGUCCACCAGAACAAAACCCUACUUCUGCCUCUAUUCUUGCAUCACUGCAUUUCAUUUUGCAGCAGAACAGUUUGCAAAGGGAAGAGAUUAUUAAAUUAAUUAAGUACGCAGAGCAAUCUUGUGGUAGUAAUGUAGAAUUUGUGGAGGCAGGGAUUGUUGAUCUUUUGCAGGUACCACCCACAACAAUUAGGGAGAGAGAGUUGCAUCUUCAGGUGAUCGAACUCCAACAGAGCAUCGAGAAGCUUGUUGAGGAAUUGCAAAGGCAAAAGGUGAAAAGUUCCCAGUUAGAGAAACAGUUGAAAUUUGUAAGCAACGGUGUGGAAAAGUGAAGAGAAAGAAACUGAAGCUUAUCAUGGCGGGUUGCUAGACAUGUUCAGUGAUUAAGUCCUUGGUGAUCGGCAAUAUACUAGAGGGAAGGAGGCAAGUCCUUGUUGUAUUCUAGUGAGAUGCUAUUCCUUAAAUCACCCGUGUAUGGUAUGGUCUAUUGACGUGAUAAUGCACUUAAAACAAGCAUCUCUCAUAUUGUCAAGUUAUAGUUACUGACAAUAUCUUAAGCACCAAACAGAAAACACAAGCACACAUUUUUCGUCUCUUUACUAUCAUAUUAUCCUUUUUUUCCUACUGAACUGUACUGCCACAUUAUCUAAUAAAAUCACAUGUGGUUCCCUAUUUAUAA